AUGUCCCCCGGCGACCUGCUCCGCCCGCUGGGCGCGACGCCCCCUGUGGCCGAUGCCCAGGUCAUCUACCGGUGGCAUUCCUUCGAAGGCCUGAGGCCGGCCAUUGCCUUCCUCUCGGCGCUGGUCAGCCAGGAGGGGCACCCGCCCUCGGGCGUCCCUCGGGCAGCCUCUCCGACCCAUGGAAUUGAGGUGUUCCUCGCCGGCGAUGAGUCGGCAUUUAGCCUGGCCGAUUGGCUGCUCUUCGUGUCGAUGUUCGACAGUUUGCCCCGGGUCGGGGCUCUUUCGAUGGUCGCCACUGCCCCCUCGCUCCCAUUCCAGGACCCCCAGCUUGCGCAGGGGUUUGCCGCGCUCUUCUCCUCAAGCCAUUUGACACUGCUGAGUGUGUCCGGCCUGCCGUUGCACAUCUCCACCCUGGACUACACCGACAUCAGCCCGUACCACUGCGAGAUCCUCCGGAGCCUGAGUUUGACCCAUGCUCCUCUCCCCCCGGUCGGGGUAUACCUCUUGUCCCUGUGUAACCUGCCCUCCCUACGGCGACUGUCCCUCAGUGACACCGGCCUGUCUGCCCAGCACGACGAUUACCUCAUCAGCUGGCUGGAGAAAUUGCUGCCCUGCCUGGAGCACUUGGACCUUUCCGAGAACCAGCUGGGUGACUCCUUUAUCCAGCGUCUGGCCGGGAUCAAGCUCGCUGGCGGGGCAGCGGCCCCCUUGCGGGCCCUCCUCCUCCAAGACAACCAGGUCUCCUUUGCCGGGGUCUCCUCCCUGCUGGCAGCGAUUGCCGGGAAGGCACUCCUCCGGGGGCUGCUGGUCGCAGUUGAGGCGGCCGGUCGGGCGCUUUCGCCACUCGUCCGGCCGCUUGCCGGUCUACCCGAGGAGCCGCUCCUUGCGAGUGUGGCCGAAUUGGACAUCUCCGGCCAUGAUGUCUCGCCGCUGGAGCUGGUCAUUUGCCUGAUGGUGGUGAACUCCGUGGCUCCGAUGAAGAUCCUCAGCAUCUCGGCCUCGCUGGAAAAUUCCGCCCUGCCGAGGGAGCUCUCGCCGUGUGUCAUUUGCCACCACACCCCGGACCCGGGGAAGGUGUUCGGCGAGGCGGGCGAAUCGUCCGGCUUCGAGAGGCUCUCCUCGCUGACUGUCCAUGGGGAUGGCAUUUCGGCCCUCUUUUCGCUGUCCUGUCGGCAUUCCUACUUUCAUGCAUCCCCCCGCUGCCCCCUCAAGACCAGCCACAUACUCGGUCGCAAUCUCGUGGACUUGCGUCUGGACAAUGCCGAGAUCGAUGACUUCCAGCUGGCCGGGGCCCUGGGCCCGACGAUGCUGCCGGGAUGGCUGAGUCGAGCGGCCGUGGUGACCGCAUCAAAUCUCAACUGGGCCGGCGUGGCAGCCAACGAGGCGUGGUACUACUUUGCCAGCCAGUCGGACUCGCUGGUGCGGGGGCUUCGCCCCCUGAUGGAGGACCUCGGGGCGGAGGACCCGCUAUCGGGCCUGUACACGGCCGAUAGCCAGGGCGAGUCGAUCCUGCGUGAUGCCGACAUCUGCCUGGCUGUUGCGCUGAUGCUGGCCGCGUCGGCGGAGAAUCCCUCCUUUCCGGCGGCCGUCGCCGGGGGCCGGAGCCCGGGCACCACGGCCGGCAGGGUUGCCCCGAGCGGGCCGCUGCUUUCGGAGGGCGCCUCGGCCACGGAGAACAUCUUCUUCGGGUCUUUCCAUCUGCCGCCGUCGGAUAUGGUGGGCCCGGCGGCCUUUUGGAGCUCCUGGCGGACCAUCAGCCAUGUGGCCUCCGGCAGGCCCUUCCAUCAGGUGGCCCCGCGCUUUGCACGCUUCAUCCUCGAUUGCCUUCCCCGGGACUCGCCCUUUGCCGGGCUCAUGUCCGCGGGGCAGGCCGCGCGCCCGCUCUCCCAGCUCCAGUAUCUUUCCCUGUCCGGAAACUUCUUGACGCAUUUCCCUCCCUGGCUGUCGGGGAUGCGGGAGCUUCAGUGUCUGGAUCUUAGCCAUAACCUUUUCCACGGGCGUGGGCUUUCGUCGAUCAGCUCCUUCCUGCAGUUGUCCUUGUUCCCGAAGAUCCGGCAACUCUUCCUGCAUGAGAACCCCUUCGAUCAUUAUUCCAUCAUCCCGGCCCUGUUGACUUUUGUGGCCACCCCGAGCCUGGAAAGUGUCACCCUCCAUGGUGACAAUCCCAUCCCCGCGUCAUAUAUCUCGAUGGCGACGCUGUUGAUCGAAAAGUUCCUCUCUCAGCAGGGCCCCCAGAGCCGUCCUUUGCCGGAUAUCUCUCUGACGGCACUUGGGUCCGGGAUAAACCAAUGCUCGCUGUCAAGCUUGAUGCCAUGGUCCCGAUGCGUUUUCCCCCACACGGCCCUUCUGCGACUGGGUCCCGGCCAUUGGUCGGCCCCCACGGUGGGCCCGGUCUCGGCGGCCGAGCAGCUGGCCGAGGUGACCCCGCAGCAGCUGUUCCCGCUGGGUCUUUCGGGGGAUCUCCUUCGAAGCACCGGCAUCACGCCGCUCAUUGACGAGUUGAAUUCCUACUAUCCGCUCCUGCCGAAUGCCCCCUUCGUCCCAGAGAAAAUCCUGGCCAUGGAUCCGCUAUUGGAGCCGGACAAUUUGCCGCUGAUCCCCUCGAGCGAUUCGCUGUGCGUGGCCAUUUGCAUCGGAAAUGGCCGCUAUGAAACGUGCCUCCCCGGGAGCCCGUCGGCAUUGAAUCUGGCCGCGCCGCCCUACUUCGCGCGGUAUUUGGCCACGAUUUUCGCGCACAUGGGCGACAUGGGCAAUGGCACGAUCGAGGGGAUGGUGCCGUCGCUGUAUUGGCGGCGCUACGAGCGCGAGGUCGAGUCCGAGCCCAUCCUCUCGGUGGCGGUGCCCCGGGACUUGGAUCCGCGCGACCGGUGGCGGGUGUUGCUCUAUGAGAAUUUGGAGGAGGAGAAUUUCCCCCAGCUCCAGGCCGAUGUGCUGGGAUUGGUGGAAGCCUCGGCCGAUGGGAGCCAUCCCCAGGGCGGGGCGGACAUCUUUGUGGUUCUCUACUUCGCCGGGGUGGCCACCGGCGUGACCGGGGAUUGUCGCCUGCUCUUUGGCAAUCGACAGGGCACCGAGCCCCGGGCGCCGGAUGAGCAGCCCGGCCGGUCGGCCUCGUCGCCCAGGACCGCGGGGUCCUUUGCGCCGGAGGACAUUUUCCAGCUCCUUCCCCCGACGCGGGUCAAGCUGGCCGUGUCGUUCUAUGAUCUUUUUGCCCCGCACUCGGCCCGACAGCCGGGCCCGGGCUUGCUGCCGGGCCGGGCAGUUCCCCUUCCGGAGGGCGAGUCCGUGUCGCAGGUGGUGGUGGCAGCGGCCCAGGCGGCCUCCAAUUCUCUGGGGCCCUCCAGCGAAACCGUGUCGGUGGUGUCCUGCACCCGGGUGUUGUCUUUGUUUGAUGAGUUGCCGGCGAUCCUGCCCGGAAGCCGUCGACGGUCCUUGGACCUGGGCCUGGGGGCCAGUGCGGAUGGCGAUGAUGCAAGCGACCUGGAGGAUCCGGGAACCGGGCUCCUGGCCAUCAGUCGAGGCAUUGGCCGGGGGCCGGCCGCCCUGCGGCAGUCCCCCAGCAUGGGGGACAUUUCAUCACUCGCGGGCAACCGCCAGCCCAUCCGACGGCGGUCUCGGUCGAUGGAGCUGCGAGACAUUGGCGCAUGGCCCCUUCCCGGGCAUUGCCUUGAGGGGACAUGCUCGACCCCGACCGCGGGGGCGAUGGUUCCGCGGUCGGGCUUCCCCCCGGCAUCGCCGGGGUUCGAGCAUCCCGAGCAUCAGUGUGUGGUUUGCACCUGCCCCGGGCCGGUGGGGGCGGUUCCCGGCGUGCAUGCGCACUCGCAAGAGGGCCUGAAAAAUCGGUGUAGCUGGGCGGUGGAGAAUGCCUGCUCGCUGGCCCUCGGCCGGUCGCACUCGUCCCCCCUGCCAUCGGCUGGCAAGGCCAUGCGGCCCAAUGGGAGCGGCGAGAGCACCGACGCCUCGAUCGAGCUGGUCCGGCCGAAUGUGGCAUCCGAUCCGGCUCGACCGGGGGACGGGUCCCCGCCCGAGCCGAUGGUGCCAUUCUGCGGCGUGCACCACUGCCCCGCGGCCUGCGGGUGCAUUUGCCCAGCGCCGGAUUGGCUGGUCGAUCGGCAGCCCCAUGGCCACCACCACCAUAACCACCAAUCGCAGCCGCAGCCGCAGCCGCAACAUUACCACCACCACCCAUACGACCGUUCGUCGGAGGGCGCCAACUCCGAUUCCGGAGAUCCGCACUGGAAGACGCACAGUUUCUCGCCGAGUCAGCCGCUCGGCCGGGGCCCGGCCGAGGGCAUGGGCCAUCGGACGCCGAGUGUGCCCCCGAGCGAGGGCGACUCGCUGGUGUCAUCGCCCUCGAAGAAUCCGUCGCUCAUCAACUGGUUCAAGCCGGCCAUCAUCCGUCGAGGGGAAACCCUGCUGGAGGUGUUGGUGGCGGAAUUUUUCGUGCCACGGCGGCCCUUGAAUUCGGCUCUCCGAGCCUGUGUGGCCCGGCUGGGGUCCAUGCGGUCGAAUUUCCACAACGACCAGGAGGAUGAUCCCGUCGACAUGCUGGAGGACGAGCUGGAGCCGGGGGCCGGCCGGCCGCGUCGAGUACCCCUGCGGGGCACCGGUGCGAUGCCCUCGACCGGGCAGGGGCCCGCCCCGGGGCCGGACCCAUCGGGCAUUCCCUCGCCUGGGAGGUCGCCCUCGUCAUUGCCGAAUGUCAAAGAGGCGCCGAGUGCCUCGGUCAUCAGGGACCCGCUGGCUUUCUAUGUCCUGGACACCACCACGCGCGAGGUGAUUCUCUUCCCAUGAUGGGGCCUUUGUCCAUCCCCCCUGGGGGAGCAUACACAUUUCGGCAUGGUGGUGCACUUCCCGGGGGUCGAUGGCACUCGGGGUGGGCGGGGAGGCCGAGCCCCUGUGGCAUGAAUACGGAUGCUCGUGUAUGUGCA